CUCUUCGAAACCAAAAGGAAAGCAAAUCAGGGACAUACAGAUGAUCGGGUUUGAUGAAAAUUGUGGAAAAGUAUUUUGGAAUCAUGUUCUAAACCCCACUAGUUUAUAAACCGGGGAGUGGUGAUGGCUGUUGUGUAUGUUCUUAACCUGUCUCCUGUAAUGUUUUCCUUAUACUUCUUUACUUGGGUUUCGUCGUUAAAAUAAGCCUACGUGGCCAUGUGUGCUGGAUUUAAAAUGUGAUCAAAGCUGAACUGCAGUGUGCGUCGUGGAUUUGGGAUUAAGGGUAAAGCCGUGAGUGUUUUCCGUGAGUAGUAGUGACGCAGACACGCCAGACAAGGCCUCGGUUACGACCACUGCAGUGGAGGGGAAGGGGAAGGUGAAUGGGGCAACAGCGACCUCCGUGGGCAGUGAGACCGGAUGCUUCCGCUGCGCAAUAGUAUCUCAGACAAAAGGAGGGGAAGGGCUUUAUGGCGAUAUUUAGAUCCGCCAGACAGGCUGUUAUCUCCAGAGGCAAAAGAAGUGAAUAGCCCCUGUGGUAAACUGGGUGAAAAAACACCCUGAUUUAGGUUUACAGCCUGGGAGCCAUUGGCGUAUUUUCCUCCUCUGAAGGUGUUUGUCUAUUCUAAGUUUUAGUGCACAAAUAGGCACACAGCCGCUCCUCCCCCCCCCAUCGGGGUGUUUGAUGUCUGUUUGCCAAAUAAAGUGCAAGUAACACAGAGGUGAUAGCUUGCAACCAGUAUGCACAUUAUGGACAGCUUGUGCGUAUUUUUUCGUCUUUUAAAUAGUAAGAACAGAGUGGAAACAAUUCCUGCAAGAGAAUUGCCUGUGGCCUUGUGGGGUGUUGGCUCAGCUCUCCGUUUAUUUGAUGGUAAUAAAUAAAUAAAAAUGCAGCGUAAUAUGCGAGAACUCAAGGUUUUGCUCUGUAUACGUGAUCUGCGAUGUGGGGAAAGGUUUAGGAUAAUGUGGAUAAUAAUACGCACACAGUUAAAACGUUUUGGGAAUAUCCACAUUAAAAUGAAGUUAAGAAUGCAUUUUCUCUAAAAUAAAAACAAUCUCAGUAUAUUGUUAAUUUUAUAUUAUUUCAAUCUGUAAUCCAUUUAUUAUCAGCUAAACUAUUAAGAACUCCAACAAAUAUAAAGCUAGAUUUGUUUUUUAUGUUAACGCCUCUAGUGCGCAAUUUGCUAAUUGUUUAAUAACAGUAAUUGAAUUUGUCUGUUAAAUUUUACAAGCUCAAUAUUUACAACAUGCAUUUUAAAUGUGCUGGUGUUCACCACCACUGCUCGCACCAUUUGAUUUUAAAAGGAGAAAACCACAAGCACCACACUUAUUUGUAGCUCUAUUUAAGUGUAAUGUUACACCGAGGCACUGGCUGCUGGCAUCAGUUAAUUUGUUGAUGGUGGUGAUGAUGGCGAAAUAUAGGCCCAUACAAGUGAUAACGGCAGUGUAAAUAAUAAACGGGUUUAACGGAGGGUUAAGCAGGGAGGAACCGGGAACCGCCAGUAAUAGUACUAGGAACUUAUUUCAUAAAUAUUCGGCCAUCGUGAAUCAACUCAGUGGAUCAAUAACACAAAUACUGCAUAUUUUGUUCAUCUUUGUUUAUCUAUUUUUAAUAUCUUUAUACAUUUGAAUUUUAUUAUUUUCACAACUUGCUUCAAUAUAUGAUCUAUAUUUUAUAUUGAACCCUAACCCAAAUAUUGCUUUACAUUAUAUAAAAUGCAAUUAUUUAAUAUCCAGUAACUGUUUUAUUUGGUAUAUAGGUAUAGUUUAACAUCGUAAUUACUGCCAAACUAAUACCUGCAACUAACAAGACACAUUUGUAACUGAACUAUUCCUGCUCAAUUUUCAUCACAUUUUCCCAAAUAAAUUCUCAUUCAUUUUUAAAGUUGUAAUCUCGUGUUUGUUUUCUUUUUACUAUUGGAAAUGUAGUGCUGCAAUAUCUUCGUAAAACUACAUAUGCUGUAAUGUGAAUCAUUACUUGUUGAUAACCAUGCACAUUUACAGUGAUGUGGAAAUAUCCUGUCUAAAUCACAAAAUGUGGUUAUUGUUAAAAAAUACAUCAUAUGCAUAUAUGCGUCUAAAGUGUAAAUUAGUAUAGGCCCCAAAACAACUACAUUGUUUAAGUAAAUGUGAGAGGGAAAAUAAGUAUUUUAGACUUAUUUUAGAUGACCUGCAUAACUUGUUGGUGUUUGGCAGUUUUGUCCGUAAAAAAUGUGUUAAAUGCAAAAUGCAGAACAAGGCCAUUGGAAGAUGUCUGCAUCUGAUACAGCCGAAUAAAAUGAAUAAUGCACUUUAUAAAGUUAUUUGAGAUAUAGGCGCUCUUUCAGCAUUGAGCUGCUUAGUUUCUUUAAUAUAGUGGUUGAAACGUGUUUAGGUGAGCAGCAAUAGGGUGCUACGUGUCCUAUAAAGUACCUCGUAAAAUCAGGCCUGUAUCUUUUUGUGCAACCAAGAAGGGGUUUUAACAGCAGAAGCAGGUUAGGAUACUGUAGCAUUUAUUUUACUCAUCACAUCUUUUUUAUUUUCUGUUUUACAGAAAACAGAUCCAACUUAUGAAUUCAUAAUUCUUAGCUUUAAAACUAGAGGUUGUUAUAGGAGAGCGGGUGAGUAUUUAAUGACCAAAGGGAUUGAUUUAUCCUUUAUUGUUCAGCCUUUAUGAUCACGUGUGACUGCUACCCAAUGGCGUGGCAGCUUGUCUCCCCAUUACUAGCCCACUGUAGUUCUCUGUGGGGCCAAGUUGCUACUUGAUUUCUCCACAUUGUUAUUUUGUGAGGCUGGCUUUACUGCGUGUGAAUGUGUGUGUGGUGUGUGUGUGUGCGCGUUUUACUUUUUGCAUGUAUCUGUUGUAUGACUGCGUACAUGUAAUUUCUCUGCCAUGUCGACAUCCGGAACACUAACUAGUUACUACGUCGAUUCCCUCAUUCUGCCCGAGAGCGAGGAGCUCUCUGUGCCGAGAUACCCCUCCGGUCCUGGGCUCCAGCACUCCAGGCAUCCCGCCUCCAUCAGCGACCACAGCGAGCUCGGGACCUGCACUUUCCCGUCCAAACCUCCGGUAUUCGGGCCAUCAUGGAGCCAUGUCCCGGCUCAGUUCCCGGGCAGUGUUUCCUCUAUGUACCAUCACCACUACGGGCAUCAUCAAGGCCCGGUCGGUGCAGAUACAGAUAGCCGCUAUCAGUCAUGGCUGCUGGAGCCUAUGUCCGGUUCCCUGCCCAUGGCCGGAUUACCGACGACCCAUCACUACGGAAUCAAACCGGAGGGUCUAGGGGCGCGAGCUGACGGCGCGCUGCCCGGCUCUCACACGGCGCUGCUGCUAUCUGAUUACGCCAACGGAACCGUAGCGACGGCAUCACCGGGGGAAAAGGACGCACUGUCCGUCCACGCAGGGGACACGAGCGGAGAAGCUGAAGAGAAACCAGGCCUGGAUCCAAAUAACCCUGUGGCCAACUGGCUCCACGCGAGUGCCACGAGAAAAAAACGCUGUCCGUACACCAAGUACCAGAUCCUGGAGCUGGAGAAAGAAUUCCUCUUUAACGCCUACCUGACCAGGGACCGUAGGUAUGAGGUGGCGAGGCAGUUAAACCUCACCGAGAGACAGGUUAAAAUCUGGUUCCAGAACCGCAGGAUGAAGAUGAAGAAGUUUAAUAAAGAGGGCGCACCGAAAGGGAUUGACUGAACCUUUAGACAUUUGGCUGUUGGCGAGCUUUGUGCGUGGAAGCUCUUAACUCUGCUGGACCUUGUUUUUAAACUUAAUUAUCUUAUUGUUCUAUAUAACAGAAGCUAUUAGGCUUAAUUGUCCUGUAAAAAAAGCAUGUUGGGCUUUAGUUUGAUGCGACUACCUUUAUAUUGCACAAUUUUAACGGUGCCCACUCGUUUUGUAUUUGUUCUUUUAUUAUUUUGAUUUUAAUUAAUACCUCGUUAACGUGUAUUUGUUGGCCUGGUCCAUGUGCUCGUUUGUGUAUGGAUGUUUAGCUGCGUGUUCCGGUUCUUAGCUAUAUUUGUUGUCCAUCUCAGAGUCACCUGAGCGUAGUUUGUAAAAAUGUAUUAAUUUUAUUGUUGUUUCUCCCUUACUGCUUAGAACUAUGACUGAUGACCCUGAAUUUGAAUCUAACAUUGGAGCCGUAUUACAGUUGCAUUUUGAAGUAGGUGGUGAAUAGACCUCAGAAACCUCUUGAAUAUGCUAAAAUGCUAAAUUAAAAGAUGUUAUGGAAGCUAAAUCACACGACACGAUUGACUACCUAUGUCUUUCAACUACCUACAAUAACCUUUUUUUCGAUGGCGGAUUAUAGGCUAGGUUUGCUUGCAUUAUGCUGGAAUUUCAGGGAAUAACAUUUUGGAAGUACAUACUGUUUGUUAGUGAGAGAAAUUUAAAUAAAACACUGUAGGCUACUUAAUGAAUACCUCACGGUCUGCUGACCGUCUGACUUUUGGUUCACAAAUGUAAUUUGUACUUUAUUUAUUAAAUAAAACAAAUUAUAUCUGCGAAU